UAAAGAAUGAAGUUCACUAUUAUCGGGGCAGCCUUAUUUUUAUUACAAAGCUUCCUUCUUACUGAAGCCAAGAGAGAAGCAACCCCCUCAAAACCAAACAUAUUAUUUAUAUUUACCGACGAUCAGGAUGCAAAGCUUGACUCAAUUGACUACAUGCCUAAUCUUCAAAAAUAUCUGGUCCAGCAAGGUACUAUAUACCGCAAUCAUUACGCAACUAUAUCGGUGUGCUGUCCAAGCAGAGUUUCACUUUUGCGAGGUCAAUACGCGCAUAACACAAAUAUUACAGAUGUGAGCCCUCCAUACGGAGGCUAUGCAAGAUUUAGUAGACUUGGAUUGGGAGAUAAUUAUCUGCCCAUCUGGAUGCAGGAGGCUGGAUAUUCGACUCACUACAUUGGAAAGCUUAUGAAUGAAUAUACUGUAAACAACUACAAUAACCCCAAGCCAAAAGGGUUUGAUUACCAAGACCAGCUUGUAGAUCCAUUUACCUACAUUUACAAUACCGCGGUUUUCUCUAGAAAUGGAGAGCCUCCUGUAUAUUACAACAACACGUACCAGACAGACGUUAUUCACGCCAAAGCGCGGGACGCUUUGAAGAGACAGAGAGAUACUGAUAAGCCUUUCUUUUUGUGGGUGGCUCCAAUGGCACCCCAUGGUCAGUUUUUUAUUGGAGAUAAUGGGUCUAUCGAAACCAUGCCUGCUGUGCCUGCCACGCGACAUGCUAAUCUAUUCAAGGAUGUUAAAAUCCCUCGCAAUCCAAACUUCAAUCCUGAAAACCAAACCAAAACAGCUUCUUUCUGGAAAGACAUGGAAAGGCUUAACGAUACAAUUGUUGAAGAGCUCGAUGAAGCCUAUCGGGACAGACUCCGUGCUCUUCAAGCUGUAGACGAGAUGAUUGGCUCUUUGUUUGAAGAACUUGAAGAGCAAGGAAAAUUAGAUAACACUUAUGUUAUUUAUAGUGCUGAUAAUGGAUAUCACCUUGGACAGCAUCGAUCUUACCCUGGAAAAUGCUCCAAUAUAGAAGAGGACAUAAAUGUUCCUUUCAUUGUACGUGGUCCUGGAAUUGAAAAAGGAAAAAUAAGCGAUGUAGUUAGCUCUCAUCAUGAUAUUGCGCCUACACUCUUGGCACUAGCUAAAGGAGAUGAGUAUGUUCCUGACUGGGUGGAUGGAGGUGUAAUUCCACUCACGAAGGACCUUGAACGUCAUCCCAAGCCUGUUGCGAAAGAAAGUUUUGCUGUUGAAUUCUGGGCUACUUUUAAUAUGGCAGAAAACUACCCUAGUAUUAAGAUCGUAGGACCCAAUACCUACAAAACUGUCAGAGUCAUCUCAGAUAAUUACAAUUAUAUGUAUUCGGUCUGGUGUACUGGCGAGCAUGAGCUGUACAAUCUGAAGGAUGACCCAUAUGAGUUGAAUAAUAUAUAUGGCAAUACCCACAUCCAGCUUCGCAGUCGAUUGGAUGCUCUUAUUAUUGUUUUAAAGGCGUGCCGUGCAGAUAAUUGUCGUGAUCCAUGGCGUAUUAUUCAUCCUGAAGAUCCUUCUAUUAAAACCCUUGAGGAUGCUCUUCAUGAAAAGUAUGACUAUCACUAUACUCAGUUCCAAAAGUUUACAUUUGGAGAAUGUGAAAACCAUUACUCUGCCAGUAACGAGCUUCCUCACAUUGGAUCUCAUUUUAUAAAUAACAUUACGUACAUCCAUACAAACUCGGGCUCACAGGCUGUAUUCUCUGCACCAAGAAACCAAAAACGCGAUGAAACUAAACCCGAUUUAAAGAGUAUCCCAGAAGAUAUUCUAGGACUUUUGUACUUGAUACCUAAACCAGAGCAAGCCGGUCAAUUCAGUCUUGAUGAAGAUUAUGAAAAACAUUCUGUUCCUGUACCCCAAGAGCUCAUUGAUACUCAUAUAAAUUGGUCAGAGUAUGGCUUCUAUAAUGUUGGAUCAUAAACAUAUAAUAUAUAUAUAUAUAUAUAUAUUGUUUUUUAAGAUAAUAAAAAGAAAUAUCCACGAAGCUAGAU